AUGAAGGUUCUCCUUGUCCUCCUGCUGGGAACCAUCCUGUGCUUGGACUCAGGUUCUUCUUUGCAGUGUUACAGCUGCUCAUUUCAGCUCAGCGACUCCAAAUGUAACACGGAGGACACGAUCUGCAGAGCAAAUCAGACGUGCAAGACAGAUGUGAUCAGUAAGGUUGCGUUCUUGAAGAUCAUCAGCAAAGGUUGUGACUCAUGCUCACCAACCUUUCAGGACUACGGCGUAAGCUCAAGGAACGUCACCUGCUGCACCAGUGACAAGUGCAAUGUCAAUGCAGCAGGCAGUGUGAGGUCCAGCUAUGGGAUGGCAGCAGGAUUAGUUGCCAGCAUCCUCUGGCCAUUCUUCAGCAACAGACUGUGA